AUGCUCAACAACAAACUCAUUCCCUCGUCAUCCGCAUCAUCGGAUCAAGCACAGAGAGAUCUUGAAACUUUUCCAAGUUCAUCCUCAACACCACCAAUUAAAAUUGGAGUGAGUGAGAUGAACAAUGCACUGAUUCAAAUGGCUUCCGAUUGUCAGAAUAUUUUAAUUGCCGGUUGUGGUGGAGGCUUUGACAUUUAUUCGGGAUUGCCUUUGUAUUUUGAUUUGAAAGCAAUGAACAAGAAUGUUUAUUUGGCGAACUUGGCGUUUACCGAUUUGAGUCGAAUGGAUAAGAAUACGGAGAAUAUUGAACUUGCAUCAUAUCCGAACAAAAACGUUCUUUAUGCUGUUCAUGCAGAAUCGAACAAUCAUGAUUUGGUCUAUUUUCCUGAAAAGUAUUUGUGUGAAUUUUUAAAGAAGAAUGGUAUUGAUGAGAAUCCAGUUGUUUACACAUUUGAUAGAGGUACUGGGGUUAUAGGAAUGACUGAGGGUUAUGAAAUUAUCAUUCAGAGACAUGGUAUCGAAUUGAUGAUCUUGGUAGAUGGUGGAAAUGAUUCGCUGAUGAGAGGAAAUGAGGAAAAACUUGGCUCGCCUCAUGAAGAUAGCAUGAGCAUUGCGGGAGUUUAUGCAAUUUCUGAGAAAAUUCUUCCAAUGGACAAAAGAAUUAUGGCUUGUAUUGGUUUCGGAGUUGAUUAUUUCCAUGGAGUUCAUUCUUCUUUAUUUUUUGAAAAUACGAGUAGUAUCAUUUCACAAUACGAAGGUGGUUUUAAAGGAGCUUUUUCUGUCUUGAAAGAAUGGAAUUGUUUUUUACUGUUCAAACAAGCAUGUGACUAUGCUUUCAAAAAGAUGUCACACAAUGCAUCCAUUGUUUCAAGUUGCAUCAUUGCUGCCAUUGAAGGACAUUAUGGUAAUUAUCAUCCACCAGAUAUUAAGGAGCGAGUGAAAUAUUCAACCUUGCACAUUAACCCAUUGAUGGGCAUGUAUUGGGUUUAUUCAGUGAAAGCUGUCGCCAAUCAAUUAAUGUAUUUGAGUUUUAUUAAGGACUCUCGUAGCAUGAAAGAGGUUUCUGAUGGUUUACAAAAGUACAGAACGACCUUGAAAACAUUCAGAAAACCAUCUCCUUUUCCUCAUUAA